AUUUCUAAGAAUCAGUCCAUUUGAACCCUACACAGUGAUAGUCAUGUGCUAAGGGAGUCUGGGCAGGGUUAAUGAGACCUAGGAGGAAUCAGAUUUUGCAAUGUCAGCCUGAAUUAUAAGAGGGAAGUGAGAGAACCUCAGUCACAGGGACUGACUGAACAAGGCAGUGGUCAUAACUGAGGCUAUCAUCAUGGGGGAGUGGUCCUUGUUGUCUGAUUUGUUGGACAAGGUGCAGUCACACUCCACUAUAGUAGGGAAGGUCUGGAUGAGUGUUCUUUUCCUCUUCAGGAUCUUUAUUCUAGCUGCUGGUGUAGAUAAAAUAUGGGGAGAUGAACAAGCAAACAUGAACUGUAACACCCACAGCCCUGGCUGCAGGAACGCCUGCUAUGAUCGGUCCUUCCCCAUGUCUCACACACGCUUCUGGGUCCUCCAGAUACUCAUUGUCUCCACUCCAACAAUCAUUUAUUUGGGCCACGUCCUUAUGGUGAUUCGCAGAGAAAACAAGCUAAGGAGACGCCUGGAGCAGAAAUUUGGUAAAAAUGGGAAGGUUAAAGCUCCAAAGUAUUCAGAUGAACAUGGCAAGGUACAGCUCAAGGGUGUCCUGCUGGUCAGCUACCUGAUGCAGCUGCUGUUCAAGAUCCUGCUUGAAGUGGCAUUCAUCGUAGGUCAGUACUACCUCUAUGGCUUUAUACUUAUGCCUAGUAAGAUUUCAUAUUCCGACUACCCCUGUCCAUUAUCGGUAGACUGCUUUAUAAGUCGUCCCACAGAGAAAACCAUCUUUAUUGUCUUUAUGUUGGCAAUGACCGUCCUCUCUGUGAUCCUCAACAUCAUUGAGAUGUUCCACCUAAUGAUCUCAAAAAUGAAGGAGAAGAAAAGGAGAAGCAGUGGCUCAGAGAUGUACUGCCUCAACAAACCAAACCACAAUUCAACUGAGGGAGUUACAGGUUGUUGAAGGACUGUGAACAGAGAUAUUUAGCUUUAAGUUGGAUCCUGAUCCUUGCUUCUUGCUUUGCUCAAGGUUAAUAAAAUAUUGAGUUAAAUCACAUCCAGUUUUUAAUUGUCAGAGUACUACAUGUAUCUUAUGCACCAAUAGUAAUACAUCAUAUAUUUUACUUUCAGGUAAAUCAGGUAUGUGGCAAGUACCAGGAUGGAUUGUAUUCAACCAUAUCUAUCAAAUUGUACAUUGUACAGACGUGGUUGAUGUGAACAUGACAUUAUCUGAUCCAAGAAUAUUAAAUGUAUAUGUGUAAUUAAUUACCAGUAAAAUUGUGUUUUUAUUUCA